GUACAGUGUACAGUGACCAGCCACCUGCUGCCACGCGACUUAAGUCCAGCGACGUGGUGUUAAUGACAGCACCCAAGUCCGGUACGACGUGGAUGCAAGAAAUCCUCUGGACGAUGUUGCAUAACCCAGACUUGAUCCACCCUGACGCUCACAAGAGUUUGUUGAUUCGAUCACCACAAAUUGACUUUGAUAUGCUUCAAGAUGGCAAGGCUUGGGUAGAGAAAGGUGUAAGUAUGGGAGAUAUGUUUGAAGAACUUCGUCAAACAUGUCCAGACAAGAAGAGAGAAGAUGGAGUGUUUGUGCAAUUGUGUGAGGUCACCCCUGACCCUCGCAUCAUCAAGACACAUCUCCCACUCUCCCUCCUGCCACCAGAUAUUCUUGACACAGCUAAGGUAGUAUAUGUAGCAAGGAACCCCAGAGAUGUGACAGUGUCUAUGUACCACCACUUCCAGCACCUCAAUCUCCACAGUUACACUGGCACUUUUGAGAAUUUUGCUAAGUCUUUUAUGAAUAAUGAUUUGCUGUACUGCCCAUACUGGCCCCACGUGAAGAUGGCAUGGGAAAAGAAGGACCAUCCCAAUAUGCAUUUUGUAUUCUAUGAGGAUAAGAAGGCUGACAUUAUGAGUGAAUUACGAAAGCUGAAUGACUUCUUGGGUGCCAACCUUACCCAGCAACAGCUUGAUAAUGUUGUCCAUCACACUUCCUUCAGUUCAAUGAAAAGUCGAGAGCGAGAAGCUGACGACAUAGUAUUUAACAAAGAUGUCCGGAAGAGUUCCGGAGGAUUCUUCAGGAAAGGAACAAUAGGAGACUGGAGGACCCACUUCUCACCGGAGCUGGAACAAGAAAUGAAUCACUGGAUCGAGACUAAUGCUUCUGAAAUUGGUAUUAGCUUUAAGUAAGGCACUUAAUAUGAUUAGGAAACUCCAGCAAAGUGUAUUUUGUGAAGGAAGAUGAUAACUUCAUUAAUGGAGAAUAUAUUUGGAAAUUAGUGUUUAAUGUAUAUGGUAGGUAAAAUUUGUCCUGGGUAAAAAUAUCAAUACUAUUCUAUUUUGUAGGUCAGAGUGAAAGAUGGAGUAGACACUGAAUAAAGAGUGUAAAAUUAAAGCUUGUGAAUAGACUAAAUUCUGAAUAAAGUUUUCAUCCUGGGACCUGCAUUAUAUCUUAUGGACAAUAAAAUCCCACUUGGCUGCUCAUACUUGUAUGUGCAUCUGACAUGUGUCUAUACAACUGUACUUUUAACUAAUUUGCUACAAUUUGUACUUCUUAUAUACUGGAGCAUAUUAUUAGUUAAUGUAAUUCAUGAAAUCAACUAUAGCUUUUCUAAUAUAAGCACCGGCUGCCACAAAGGUGCUAAAACCAACAUCCUUUAUAAUAUAUAUGAUCUUUGACGGGGGAGACUGAUAGGUUCACCAUAGUCCAAGGUCCACAUUCUUAUGUUUGUUCUCUUGACUGGAGAUAAAAUAACUGACCUUAUCUAGUUAUGGUUGAGUCUUGGCACAGUUUAAACACCAUUUUUGUUAUCAACCGAAGUCAAUUUAACCUGAUGUAUUUCCAACAUGAAGCUAACUAAUACUACCCAUAAACACACUAACCCUUCUUUACCCAAUACUACUCAUAAAAUUAGCUAACCGAACCUAUCAUACCCCUAACAAAGCUAACAUAACCUUCCUUAACUAUAACAUAAAUUAACCUCCCCCAAUUUACCUAUAAGAUAAGCUAAACUAACCUACCCUGUGUAGAGUGCAUGUGUGAGUGAGUGUAUGUAGGUCUUGUUCUCAAACGUGAUUAACGCAACCACACAUUCAAGCACACAUGUGUUGCCAGAGGAUGAGGAUGCACACUGCUCCUGGGCACACUAUUGAUCCUUAGGUUCGGUUCGGAUGGGGUAUUUUAUUAAAGUCAGAUUAGGUUUGGAUAAGUUAGGUCAUUGGUAGGUCAAUUUAAAUCUAUGGUAGGUUAGGACUAGGUUAAGUUUGUUCAAGAACAUAUUAUUUUAGUUUAAAUUAGGUUAGGAGUAGGUCAGGAUAGUUUUGGGGUAGGUUAAGCAAGAGCCUUUGUCUGGUUCCUUAAACAGAAAAGAAAAAAAAAGACAGAAAUCUCGGAAGAGAGAGUUAAGAAAAA